CCAUGGGGCGGAAGAAGAAGACGCUUCACGAUUACGCGGCCGAAUUCUCGGAGCUGUCGGUGAAACGGCACCUGCUGGAGCGCGGCGGGGCCGGGGAGGCGGCGGUGGUGGAGACGCUGUACUGCACCUUCUGCCAGCUGCCCAUGCGGGUCCGCCGCGACCGCAUCCUGGAGCACCUCUCCUCCGGCCGGCACUACCGCAACCGCCGCCUGCUCCGCCAGCACGGCCUGCGGGCCCCGCUCCUCCUCUCUGCAGGUCCAGACGUCGGUCCCGGCUUGCCCCUGCAGCUCGACGCGCCCUCCCUGCUCUCCCAGCCCUCCAUCAUCCUGGCCGGUACCAGCACCACCUACGGCAUGGUCCCCUCGCCGCCCUCCUGCCACAAGCCUCUCUUUCCCCUCUUCCCCCUGGCCGCCAGCGGGGCCGCUCCCAGGGAAGACCCCGCUCCCUCCACCAGUUGCCCCCCGGCUCUUCCCACCCUCCACACCAGGAUCGCGCCCGCACCCCUGAAACGGCGCAGCCCGAGCGGGGCCGUCACCGAGGCCUCCGACAGCCCCGUGCCCGUCGGGCAGCACGGCAGCGGGGUCGGCCUCGCCCUCUUCGGCGCAGGGUUGGCUCACAAAGCCUUGUUUCAAAGCCUGAUGGAGGAACACGGCUGCAGCUUGCUCUACAUCGUGGAGGAUGAGCUGGAGGAGGUGGAACGCGCCUUCGGGGCUGAGUUCCUGGCUGGCACCAGGGUGCUGCGGCAGCGGGACGCCGAUGUGGCACUCGGCGAUCAGAGAGUCUCUGGAGCCAUUGUUUGUUUGCCACCUGAAGAUGCCUCUGAGAUUGUGAUAGAAGCUUUGAGAGCAGGGAAAGGUGUGUUUUGUGAGAGGCUGCCCAGUUUUGACAGGCAGAUGGCAGAAGCUUGUUUUGAUGAAGCUGACAGAUGUGGCAGACCUCUGGUGUGUGGAUUCUACAAGCGUUUUGACCCAGCCCUGCAGUUCCUCUACAAGAAGGUCCGUGACAGCCAGGCCCUGGGGAGGAUCCACAGGAUAUCUGCCAUCAGCAGCAUCUACCCAGCCUCCCCUCUGAGCUUCCUCAAAACAUCAGGUGGAAUUUUUUAUAAUGCUGCUGUGCACGAGAUAGAUAUUGUCAGCUUGUUGCUGGGAGAGAGUGCACCAGAUACAAUAUUUUCACUGGGCCAUGCAUUCUGUGCAGAUAUGGCCUGCCUGAAGGAUGCAGACUCUGUAGCCGUCAGCAUGAAAUUCCCCAGCGGAGCAAUUGUGACUUUGGACAUCAGCCAGCACUGCACUAAGAGCUGUGAGCAGAGACUCCAGGUUCAGGGCUCCCAAGGAACGUUGCGGGUCGAUAAUCAGAAUCCACUGGGAAUCACAGAGCAUGGAACUUCAGUGUCCUUGUACUCCCAGACCCAAGCUGAUCGCUUCAGGGAUGCACACAGGGAGCUCUUCCGACACUUCCUGAGAACCCUGAAAGGCAAAGAGUCCCCUGUGAUAACCAAAGAGCAGUUUCUCUGGACAAUUCAGGUCGCUGCAGCUGCUGAGCAGUCCUGGAGGAACGGAUCUGCUGUUGACCUGCGGAACGAAGCGAUGGAUUCGUCUGUGAUCAAGACUGAGAUCAUGUGAAACAUUUCCUGAGGUGCAGGAUGACCUCAAGCUGUGCCACGGGCAGCUCUGUCCACCUGGGGGUGUCUCCACUGUAACCUUCAAAGUAAGACUUGUGGUUUUGAUGUUGUCCCCAGGAGGUGGAGGCACUUUUGAACCAGGAGUGCUCGGGAGCGAGGCCACGGGGGUUUCCUCUACCAGGGCCCUCCAGAAGUUCUGGGCAGUUUCAUCCAGGUGUUUUUUCCCUCCUGGAGAGCUCUGUGGUUUUCCUGGGGGAGCACCAAUGCUCCUCAGGCCACGGGAUGGUGUAGACUACCACCAACCUGAUGGGAACAGUGCAAGCAGGUGACUUUCCUGGAAACAUCACAAGUGAGAUGACCUAAUGCUCCAAAAACCCCAAGGAGCAUCCCUCUGGUCCCUACCCAUUUCCCUUCAGUGUAUGCAGGAAUGUGAUUUCUGUUCUCAACUCACCUCUGAGCCUCCUAUUUAUUGCUUGGGUUUCCUAAACCUUUUUGAGAAAAAGUUCUGAUUGGAUUUGCUGGGGGGGAAAAAAAUGAACAAGUGGGGAGGGAGGUGUCCCAACCAUCCAGGUACCACUGAAGGGAGAUUUGGUUGUAAGGCCCUGAACUGAGGCUGUUGCAGAGGAGCAACACACUUGUAGUUUUCAGUGCCAGCAGUGCAUUAUUCCAGGGGUUUUUGGAAAGCAGCUGGUGAGUCUGGAAAGCAGGGAUAAGCUGUUAUGGGGCUGGGCAGCUGCUGGGGUUGGUGACAGACUGGGUGCUGUCUGGGUUCCCUGCAGCAGCUGCUGUUUCCCUGACUUCAAUGCAGAUGUUGUACAUGGACAUUUUAGUAGCAAAACAAAACCAAUAAUCACAUUCCUGAGUGUAUGAAGGGUGUCUGAUUAUGGAUUUUGAGGUAUUUUUUUUACAGUCCAGCAGAUCUGGAAUAUACCCCACAGAAAAUGAUAGUGCCUUCCACAACAGGCGAGUCUGCUUUUAAACCAGGUUCUUUGUACCUUUCUAUUCUCAUGCUGAGCUCGUUGCAGAUGAUAGAUUUUACUACUGUCUAUUUCUCCCAUG